GAACAUAUAUAACCCCAUGCAAUUAAUUAUAUUUCUCUUCUUCUAUAUCUACCCUUUUCUGUGCAUAAUCAUAUUUUCAAACUGUGGUAUAGUACUAUGGCCGAAAGCAAGAACCGGGUCAAGGUCCACUCAAAGCUAACGGCGGUGUCCAGUAGACCAGUCGGGUCGGGUAAUAAGAUCCACAAGUUCACGGCUCUGGAUCACGCCAUGGGUCUUCAUAGCCUACACAUCGUCUUUUACUACAAGGAUAACGUUCUCACCGACUUUGACUUGGACCGAGCAAGGGUAUCUCUUUCGGACACUCUUUCGUUGUACCCGCAAGUUACGGGUCGGAUAGCCCGAAAUGGAGAUGGUAACUGGGAGGUUAAGUGCAAUGAUGCAGGUGUUCGGGUCGUCAAGGCCCGAGUUGGUGCCCCGUUUGAUGAGUGGCUAAGAUCAGCUGAUGGGAUGGAAGAGAAAUAUCUCACGGUCUGGGAUGAGAUGCCUGAGGAUCCCACUAAUUGGUCACCUUUUCGAAUCCAGAUAAAUGAAUUUGAAGGAGGAGGAGUAGCCGUUGGGCUGAGCUGCACUCACAUGCAUGCAGAUCCACUGUCCCUAACCCUAAUCUUCAAAUCAUGGAUCGACACUCACCGAGGUCGGGUCAUAGCCCACCCACCCGUAUGUCCAGGAUUGGAGCUCAGCACCCGACCCGAUAGCAAUCCGAAGACCAACUCUGUGACUUACUAUCACGCCAAGUCCAUCGCACGUGCGGCGCCCACCGUGAAAAUGGCCACGGCAACCUUUAAAUUCUCAAACGCAAUACUGAAGCAGUGUCUCUCGGGUGUCUCUGAAAUUUGCCCAGACGCCACCCCUUUCGAUUUUCUAGGGGCACUCUUUUGGACACGUGUCGCACGAAUAAAGGGCUUAAAAAAUUACUACAGACACUCCAUCUCGAUAUGUACGGACUUCAGGAAGCUAUUGAAGAAAACGUCGCUCCAUUUUGGGUAUUACGGCAACGCCUUGCACUUUUCGAUGCUUUCUCUAGGAGUUGGAGAGCUCAACGGCUAUGAUGUGGGACACGUGGUGGGAGAGCUGCAUCGCCACGUGGCGAGCGUAGACGAUGAUGAGAUUCGGUCAGCUGUUGAUUGGCUGGAGUCGAGGAAGGGAGAGGAGGACGCCAGGUACGGCCCAGCUUUUAGGAUGUAUGGGCCUGAAUUGACUUGUGUUAAUAUGGAUCACAUGGCCGACUCAUAUGGGCCUAAUGGAAGAGUUGUUGGGCCGUUAAUGUACGACACUGCGUUUGUUGAGGGAACAGAUCCCGUCCACGUGUCGUAUCACGUGGGGAAUGUGGAGGGUGAAGGGUUGAUCGUGGUGAUGCCUUCGUCGGAAGAAGGGCUGGCUAGGGUGGUCACGGUGACGUUGCCGGAGAAUGAGUUGGCCGAGUUGUGUGAGGACCAAGCUUUAUUGGGCCUGAAGCCCAUAAUGUUGCUUAGUGGUGGACGUGGAUGCUAGUUCUUUCUUUGAGAAAUUAAUAAGAAGUUUUACGGUUUUUAUUUUUAUUUUGGUGGAAGAAUUAGAAGUUAGAAUCUAUGAUUUGGAUCAUCACUUUGAGAAUUCUACAAUAUAUAUUGUAAUAUAUGAACUUAUGAUCUUGUCUUAUAUGACAAAAUUCAGGUUCUAUA